AUCUCAAAUCCGUGUUUAAGAGGGACUUGUUUUCACCAUGCACCAAAGUAUCAUUGUGUAUGCCCUGCUGGGUAUACAGGAAAGAAGUGUGAAAUUAGUAUCAGCGAGUGCCAAUCACAGCCUUGUCUAAAUGGUGGUGUAUGUGUGGAUAAUAUUGGUAAUUUUACGUGCAACUGCUCGAAUGGAUUUGUUGGAAAACUUUGCGAAAAUGAUGUAAAUGAAUGCAUCUCCCAGCCGUGUUUAAAUGGUGGAUUGUGUAAAGAUGGCAUAAACCAGUUCCUGUGUCAGUGUCGUGCAGGAUUUGAUGGUGACAGGUGUCAAAAUGGUAAUGAUCCCUGCAUGAGUAACCCUUGUGUAAGAGGAAUCUGUUUUUCCCAUGAGUACCAGUUCCUUUGUGAAUGUCCAAAGGGAUUUACGGGAGAGCUGUGUGAAACUAUAAUACAGCUCACCAUGAAUGGACCAAAGGAAACGUAUUUGAAAGUACCUGUCGGUAGUGAACUAACACUGAACUGCAGCAUGUCUGGGCAGCAUACACUGUAUUGGUCAAAAUUAAAUGGUUGUGACCUCAACAGUAAAUAUAUCAAAGCUUCAGUAUACCGCCAACCGCAUGCUUCAAUAGGCGACUCUGGAACAUAUAUCUGUGCUGGUUCAAACGGUUCAGGUCCUAACAUUACCAGAUAUUUCAAUGUGGAUAUUACAGCUUUACACAAAGAAGAAGUGUGUGAUUUCGAUGAUGGAACAUUGUGUGACUGGGAACAACAGAAGAAUGACAACUUUGACUGGACUUUCCAAAAUGGUCCGACACAAUCUGUUGGUACAGGACCUGAUGUCGAUCAUACGCUAGGAACAGUACAGGGAAUAUACAUAUAUGUAGAAUCGUCAUCACCAAGAAAAUUUGGGGAACAGGCCAGUAUUUUAUCACAUGUCCUACCGGCGAAUAGGACGAUGUGUUUCGAGUUUUGGUAUUAUAUGUUUGGCGACGGAUCUGGAACAUUAUUCGUAUUUUUACAGGACACGUGUACGAAAAUGGAAACACGGGUGUUUAAAGAGGCAGGGGACAAGGGGGCACAAUGGAAACUAGCUUCUGUUACAAUAGCCAGUGAUUCUGUUCCAAAUGACUACAGAAUUGUCCUCAUGGCAGACGUCGGAACGACAUAUCAUGGAGAUACGGCAUUGGAUGACUUAAUCAUACGUGAUGGACAAUGCCAAGGAAGCCAUGGAGCACCUAUAGUCGGUUAGAGACGACUAGAACGAAUAUUUUACUCCAUGUUAUUAAUCAGAAAGUGAUAAUAGUACAGUUGUUACAAACAUUUUGAGGUCUUUAUUUCUAUGAUAUUUGUAUAUAUUUAUUGCAGUCCACUUAAAUGCACCUAGAAACACAAACAGUAUAAUUUGUUACUUUUCUGCGAGUUAUAAAAUAUAUGUUCCAAUUUGAAUGCAGUAGAGAGCAGAAAUAGGACAACUUUGUAGUGUCUAUAGUGCCGUAAACGGUGUCACUUGAUUUCUUGACAUACACGACUUCUUGUAAUAAAAGAAGCAAUAUCAUUUCUUGUCAUAAAAGAUGAAUCUUUAUUUCUUGUCGUAAAGACAUAACAUUUUUUUUUCAUAAAAGAUGUAACAUGAUUUCCUGUCAUAAAAGACGUAAUAUGAUAUCUUAUCAAAAAAAGGUGCAGAUAUCUGUCUGUGGAUUUGUUUUUUCUUGCCUGAUUUAAUUGACCAAAAAUGUUUCAAAGAAAAAUCUAUGUAUUUGAUAAUAAAGAGUUUGCAAGAUAUGUUGAUUGGUUUUUAUUUUGGAUAGAGCGCUCUAUAGCAAAUGUCGGGGUCACCUACCAAGAUAGCUCAAAAUGGAGAGCGCAGACCUACUGAUCGCAAGUUAGACCACUUGACAAGGCAUAUAUUCUCCGUGACGUAAGUGAUCCAUGUAAAGAAAUUGGCAUUAAAAGCGGAGAAUAUGUUAGUACUGAUUGACAUACAUUUUACGGCAUUUGAUAGACUGCCUUUAUCUCAUCUGAAUUAAGGGCGGAAAAUAAAUUAUUGUAGGUGAAUGAUCAGGCAUCCAUAAACUUUCUCUGACAUUCAUCGACUGACAUCCACAUUUCAAACGAUUAAUCCUCGUAAACUGUUUGAUGCUUAUAAAAGCAUCUUUAGAUAGGUAUGAAUCCUGUUUUUUUUAUUGGGAGGAUCCAUAUUAAGCUCUUUUUCAUGACUUACAAUGACCAAUGCAAAGUGACUAUGUUGGCAAAUGAGGCUGUUUGUUAAUGCAUAGUAGAUUAUACCAUAACGGAUGAAAGGAUACAAUGUUUUUACUCUGUGUCUUGAACAAUACUGUGUGAUAUGCUUCAGCGUUCACAAUGCUUACAGCAUUAUAGGUGUGUAUUUAACUAUUAUAUUCGGAAGUGUAAAAAUAUAUCAAUAUGUCUAAUAAAUAUAAAUACUUUUCUUGAUUUUAUAGAAAGAGCUGUAUACAAUCGUAUAACUAGUAGAUACUGCAUAUUAACAUAUGUAGUUUUCAUGCGCAAUCAAUUCAGGUCUUUCAGGAAGAGAAGGAUUUCUAAUGCCCCUAUUUUCAACCUGUUUUUAUUCUUUUCGUAAUGUAUGUUACAUAUAUCGUCUUGUUUGUUGUUGAUAUUUCUCCUCU